AUGCAUUUCGUUAAUUAAAUCGCAAGGGACGUCACUCUCACACGUUAAAAUGGCAGAAAAAAGUGUCAAUGCGGACACCGAAAUAUUUCCCUUUCCAGGAAAAGUUCGGUCGACUGUGUGGGCUUAUUUUGGCUUCGAAAAAACAAAACAAGGACCACCUAUUAAAGAAAACCUCAACAUGCAAUCUGUUAUUUGCAAACUCUGCCGAAAAUCAUAUGUGAACAAAGGUAACACUACAAAUCUGCAACAACAUCUUGACAAACAUCACAGGCACCAAGUAGAUUUACCACCAGAAUCGGCUUCAACACCUACCCCCAAGAAGGAGAAAACCACUCAGCCAAAAAUUGAUUUUCAACUUCGGCCUGUCGGAAAUGUCUCUCUUGAGAAGAAACGGAAGUUAGAUGACCAUGUUCAUAAACUGAUUGUGGGGAAAGCUCUGCCACUAAGUCUGGUUGAUAGUCCUUUCUUCAAAAACUUUGUAAAGGAGCUUGAUCCUAGGUAUAAGCCACCAAGCAGAUAUGAUGUUCAAAAGUCUCUGGAUGGAAAAAUGCGUCAGAUGACUGUCAAGCUACAGAAUGAAUUGCCACCUGUAGGAGGCCAUCUGGCAAUAACACAUGAUGGUUGGACCAGUUGUGCGACUGAGAGUUAUGACACUGUAACAGCCCACUUCAUCAAUAGUAACUGGGAACUUCGCUCAGCUGUACUUCAAACUACUAAAGUUGAGGGCUCUCACACUGGUGAACAUAUAGCAGAGCGGCUAAAAGAGAUGGUGUCUGAUUGGAAUAUUCCUGUCCCAACUGUGGUAACAGACAAUGCUGCAAAUGAAAGGAAGGCGAUACAAUUGUAAGGAUGGGAGCGAUUUGGCUGUUAUGGACAUCGGCUGAAUUUGGCAGUGAAGCAUUCACUGGAUGUUCCAGAAGUCUCUCGAAUACUUGGGAAAUCUCGAAAGAUUGUAACCCUUUUCUACCAAUCUACAAGUCUCAAUGAUUGCCUGCUUGACAAGCAGAUACUUGUGUACUCUGAUACACGGAACCUAAUAGGACAUAAGUUAAUAAAUGAUGUCCCGACUAGGUGGAACAGUACUUUGGCAAUGUUACGACGGCUCUCUGAGCAGAUUGCUGCAAUUCUAGCCAUUGCUAGCGACGAUAAGCUGAACAUUAAUAAAACUACAUGCAACAAUCUUAGGUCAUACUAUCUUACUUUUGAGGAACAAAAUAUUGUUGAAGGCUUGAUCAAGUUUUUGUCUCCCUUUGAAAAGGCCACAACAAUACUAUGCGCUGAAAACAGCCCCACUAUGAACAAGGUUCUAGUUAGCAUGGCCAAAAUCAGAAACAUUCUUGAGUUACAAAGUCAUUCAGAAUCAGCUACCUUAAAAAAAGUUGUUGGAAAACUGCAAGAGCAACUUACAAAGAGAACAGAUUAUGAAGAAAUACCUGUCAUGGCUGCCCUCCUGAACCCUGACACAAAGUCUCUGUCUUUUUUACCUGUUCAUGAGCAAGAAGCUGGGCGUCGUCUUCUUUUGGAUAAAGCACUUGGUUUAGUAGACGAGAAUGGAAACUUGCAAGUUAAAGUUAAAAAAGAACCUGAACUUGAAGUUUCAUCCACCGAAGCUCUUCCAGAGUUACCAAAUUUACCAGAUAACAUUGUUGUUGAACAAGAUGGCAUAGUUACUGAAAAUGCAUCCACUUCAGGUGGUAAUAAUAUUACAUCAGACUGUGAACCAGUAGCAAAGAAAAUAAAAUGCUCUGACAUGGAUGAGUGGUUUGAUGAUGUCAUGGUCACACGAGUUGAAAAGACACCAGUUUCAGCAGUUAUUGAACAAGAAAUUGAACGGUACCUUGCCUCAAACAGGGAUGCAGAUGAUUCUAAGUUAAGUCUUCUGCAAUGGUGGGAGAAAAACCAGUACGUUUAUCUAAGGUUGGCUGUCUUAGCAAAAAAAUACCUGGCCAUCCCAGCUUCCUCUGUCCCUAGUGAGCGUGUUUUCAGUUUAGCUGGAUCUUUGGUUAACAAAAAGAGGUCAAGGUUGAAUCCUGAUUUGAUCAAUAAACUUAUAUUUCUUAAAAUGAACAUGGACCAAUACUGGUAAAUUGUAGAAUGAGAACACUACUGUAUUGUUACAUAAAAGUGUUAACUGUUAAUGUGCAAGUUUGCAAGUUUACUGAACUAAAUUUUUCUUUGCUAGAUGUUAAGAUAAUAGAUGUACUUUGUACUUAAAAAGAACUAAGAAUUACCAAUUAAAAUUAUUUUUGUAUAUUUCUUGGAUUCUGUUGUAAACCUUCUUUCUUUAAAGGACUAACAAAACAUGCAUGAAAUUAUCUGAAAUGUAUUGCCUAAAUGGAAUCUAUAAUAAGAGUAUAAUUAUAGGUAAGUCUGAAUGCUUUUACUUUCGAUUAUAUAAUCAAUUGUGAAUGGAAGUAGCUGUUCAGAUUCGAUUCGAUUAUCGAUUUUGUUUUGAAACCGAUUUUACAACACUACAAUCAGAAUGUUAGACCAAUUUCAAUCUUAAGAUAUCUCUAGAGGAUGUGAAAAAGCUGUUUUAGUAUAAGGAACAUACCUUUUUGUUUACAUUUCUCAUCUAGUUUGUUUACAAUUAUACUUCUGACAUAUUUUCGCGUAAAUAUAUUAUUUUAUUUUUCAACAUGAGUAUUAUUUGUUUACAAUAUACAACUGUUCUUUUCAUUCAGAUGUUCGUAUGAAUAUUUAGGGUAGUGUUUUUCCAGUUAUUCGCAUGUUAAUCAAAUAUCUAAACUGGCUACUUCAAUUCUUACCAUGAACAAUGUGAUUUCGAUUGUUUUAUGAUUUCAGCUUAUGACCGUUAUCUCCGAAGUUAUUGUACAAAUCUUUACAGGAGGAUUUGAAUGAGACGUUAGUGGUCUUUAAAGUUUCACCACCUUAGGGGUAAUGGAGUCGUUGCCCACAUACACUGUAAUAACUAUCGCAGCGAAAAUAAUUGGAUAUUUUAUAAAAGUAUUUUAUAUUUAAGAAG